AUGGCCAUAUCUUCUUUCACGGUCUUCCUGCCACUUUCGUCACUCAUCAUUAUAACUCACAUCACUACCUUUGCUCUGCCGUUUGCAUUGGCUACUAUCGCUGGUGUUGAGGUUAGACAAUGGAAAGCAUUACCGCCGGCAGUCAUCAUGACUGCAAGCCAAGAGUCAACUACCCUCACCAUCUCAUCAUUAUCUAUCCCCGAGACGGACAGUUUACCGCUAAGAAGUACCGCUCAAGUCGAAGAGACCAUCGAUUCCUGCCACGCUCUCACAAGUUCAUACACAGCACCCAACAACAGCGUCGUCGAUAUCAGCGGUCAGCCUGCUAUUGGAUCCAGUUCUGCUGGCCAGCUCAACGUGGAUACCCUCAAACUCUGCCUUGGUGCUUUAGCCUUACCGCCCAACUGCCAUGUGUCGAAUACAAAGACUCGGAUGGUACAUGUGACCUCUGGUCGCAAAUUUCAUACUUUGAUGAUAGCUCGGAAUGUCUUUGCAAACCCACAGUGGACUGAUGUCAGACUCGGAAAUAAAAUGUGGGAACUACAAUUAGGGGUUGAAGCUUUCAUAAAUGAUCUUGUUCCCUUGGACCUUUGUUUCCACGCCGCUUCUGUCAGUCUUUAUCAACCAACUUUUGUCUCUCUUUAUAAUAUGGCUCCCUUGAACAUUUUCGUUUGGCAACUUGCCUUGUUCGCCGUUAUUGGUGUGAAUGCAGGGCCAUGCCGUCCUUCUUCUGAUACAGUGACAGCCAGUCUUGAGGCCACCAGCACUGUCCCUUCCCUGACAGAAACAACAACUUCUGAUACUGAGACCAUUUCCCUCACUAUCUCGGCCACUGAGAGCAGCAGCACCGAUAUCAUCACCACCACUACCCUCGCAACCACUACCAGCGCUGCCCCAGUCCAGGAGCCCGAGGACACAUGUUUGACAGUUCAAAACCCAUAUACUGUCCCGAACAGAGCUGUGUUUCAAGUUGCCUGCGGGUCAGCGCCCACUUCCUUCCAAAGUAUCGGAGGCGAAAAGAUGGGUCUCACCUUCAAGGCCUGCAUGGACGCUUGCGAGGCUGAAUCUCUUUGCAGAGGUGUUGCGUAUUACAGGUCUAUUGAGUCGUGUUCUCUUUGGAGUAGUGCCGAUGCUCUGCAGCCGAAUAUCUUGUACGAUGCUGCGACCGUGGCGUUGCGAGCAAACUGA